AUGGAGGCGAAGGCAGCAGAACUACUGGCGGCCUUCAAAAACCCCAAUCUAUCCGUCGAUUCGAAGAUCGCCUACCUCUCUAGCGUCAAGUCCGAUAUUAAACAGAAAAAUGUUCCCGAGGGCGCGAUUCGCCCCAUUUUCGAAACACUACGGUUGGCCAUCGGCUCUCAACACUACUCUGUUCUCGGGGCGGGGUUUUCCACACUUGGCCAUUUCCUGAAGCGCCUUGCAAUCCAAGAACAGGAGCAAUGGAUUGUUCACCAGGCUCAGAGCUUGUACCCUAUUCUGUUGGAGCGUCUUAAUGACCCGAAAGAACGUAUAAGAGCCCAGGCUGCAUCCAUAUUCACUGAAGUGUGGCCAUUUGCAGGCAACGAAGUCGAAUAUCAUGUUCUGGAAGUUGCGCUGGUUGGGAAAAAUCACCGGGCGAAAGAAACUAGCAUGCUGUGGUUGGCGAAUAUGACCAAGCACCAUGGUUUGUUGUUUCGCCAAUAUGUUCCUUCGCUAGUUUCCUGCUUAGAGGACGCCGACAGCGCAGUCCGAGAUACUGCCAAGUUGGUCGUGAUCGAUUUGUUCCGAACUGGCCCUGCAAGAGCGAAGUCCGACCUACAAAAGCAAAUGGCGACACGCGGUGUGAGGAAAUCUAUCGCGAAUGCUAUCCUCUCAGGAAUUGGCUUAGGGUCCAUUGAACCCGAGACUGCAUCUUCUACGCGCCCAAUCUCUCGGGCUGAACGCUCGAUUUCAGUGAUGUCGUCACGUUCACAUGCUAUGGAACAGACUGAUGAUGAGAGGGAGCCUGUGAAGACACGCCCAGCUUCUAGAGCUAAUCGUGAGAGACCGAUAGCCUCUUCUGCACCUACAGAACAACCAAUUGUCAAUCGACCCCGUACACCCGCCCCGACACCAGCAACCCAGGAACCGUUGCCAGACGAUGAUGGUCUGGAACCGUUCGAUGUUGCCUCGGCAAGGGAUGUCGAUGAUCUUGUGCGCGAGAUGCUGCCCUGGUUCGAGGGAAAAGAAUCUGAGGAGAAUUGGUCAAAGCGUGAAAAGAAUGUGAUUCUUUUCCGCAGGCUGACUCGAGGCAACGCGCCACACGACUUCUCGCAGACCUAUAUCAACGCGGUCAAGACCCUCCUUGACGGCAUUUUAAAGGUUGUCAACUCUCUACGAACCACAAUGUCCAGCAAUGGCAGUCUUUUAAUCCAGGAUAUUGCCCGAACAUGUGGCCCACGAAUCGACCCAAUGGUUGAGAUCAUCAUGCAGAACCUGUUGAAGCUUUGCUCGGCGUUGAAAAAGAUUGCCGCGCAAAACGGAAACGUCACUGUUGAAGUCGUUAUUCGCAAUGUUUCAUUUAGCGCUCGUCUCCUGCAGCACGUCACAUUCGCAACCCAAGAUAAAAAUGUUGCAGUACGGCUGUUUGCGACUGGGUGGCUCAAAGCCUUGAUCAUCCGCCAGGCUCAUCAUAAAAGCGCAGUCGAACAUGGCGGUGGCCUUGAUCUCAUCGAAAAGUCGAUUACGAAAGGACUGGGAGAUGCCAAUCCUGGUGUGCGCGAGGCAACUCGAAGUACCUUCUGGACAUUCUACGGCGUGUGGCCGGAGCGGGCCAAUCUGAUCUCAGAAACCCUCGACCCUAAGUCGCGAACUUUGCUGGAAAAGGAUUCAUCGAACCCCAACCCCCUUCAAAAGAGCCCUGCCAAGAGUCGUUCCGCUUUACAAGAAGCUAUUGCUGCUCGGAAGAAGGCCCAGAUGCCUUCUAGACCCGAGUCGGCUCAGCCAACCUUUGCCGAAGCGAGACCACCUGCUCCUACCUCCAAGUCUACCCGUAGUGUACCCACCGGGGCUCCUCUCUCGUCUCUGUCCUCUGCGCCUAUGAGACCCGCCAUGAAGCCCCGACGUCCAGAACUGAGCCGUCCGGCAACUGCAGACCCGUAUGCUCGCCGCCCUGAGUCACGAGCCCAGUCUAGUAGUACCCAAGCUACCCGACAAGCGACUACUUCUCCCCGGGCUAUGAGAUCUAAGCCAACUACACCUACACCGAAGGCCCCCCUAACAGCGCCUCGCACUCGCCCGCAUGAGUCGGUACAACCUGCUUCAACGAAGGGCAGGCCGAAGAAACUCGAUUUGUCCAAGUCCAAGUCUCACAACGAUCUCGUGGCCGCGAGUCGCGCUCGCACCAUCUGCAAGAUCCCCCGUCAUGGAAAUUACCUCACUCCAGCCGAGGACCGCCAUUCCCCAACAUCUAUCAUGUUGGAAAGUCCCCCGCUUAAUGCAUCACAACCUCUUCUGUACUCAGCACCGCAUGGCCCUCACGCUGGCUCAGUUCCUAUCGAAGAACCGAAAGCAAUGAUAGAAGAACCGGAACAGAUGAGACUGGAGGAAACUGUCGUUGCUGCACCUCCACCUUACAUCCCCGAACCCGAUCUUGCAAUUUCUCCCGCGCCCGUGUCUCCUGCUCGCCAUCAUUCGGAUCUAGCCUUUGGCUCUGGACCCGCAUCUACUAUCAAAACCCAACCUGAGUCAAUGGUGAUAUACGAAGACCCUACCACCCCCACCGCAGACAAACAUGAUAUACCUCCCUACGCUACCUCGGUGGGAUACUUCUCCCCUUCAAAAUUGUCUCCUAGUCGUCCUGAUCAACCUGAACUCGGCGAAGCAGAAGUCCACCCUAUCUCCGAAGAUACUCCAGCCUCGAUGGUCGCUUCCGCUAGGAAACCUACUCCUGAUUUGGCCCCUAGACGGGAAUCCGGUAUGAACUUUGAAGUUCGAACACCAUCUCCAACACGCCGGGCACCGCUUCAACCAAGCCCAUCGCCAACAAGGGGCCGUGUCCAACCAGCGGCUUCUAAUAUUAUGGAUAUUGAGACAGUGCUUCCCCAAGACCCCAACGUGGGAACUAACGGGAGCGAUGACAACAAUGAGAAUGCAACUCCUCGCAUCACCAAGGCUGUCGACUUGCCCGCGGUCCCGCGGUCUGCAGCUAAGCCGAGCGCCCUCGAAGAAGUGACCGCAAACGAACCUGCUCUGCGCUCGCCAGAAGUGAGACAAAAACUGAUUGAAUCAUUGUCUCAAUCAACACUCUCCCAGUCGACUUUGUCCCAAUCAACAAUGUCUGACGAGUCCACAAGACGUACUCGAAAGUGGGUUGAUCGUCACCGCAGCCCUAGCCCACGUUCGAAAGACCCGGUUAAUGCCAAGGAGAUGAUUCGCAAAGGCCUCGCCCGUAUUCUCUCCAGAACCAUGGAGCCCUCCGGAUAUCGAAAGCUGCAGGGACUCAUCCAAUACCACGGCGAUGAGAUUGUGCCCCAAAGCCAGGACUACAAUGCGUUGCUGGAAUCUCUAUUUGCAGAACUGGAAGCGACGCCUUCCAACCGCAAGGAUCAUGACGUGAAGACCCAGGUUUUGGCCACUAUCCGUUCCAUGCUCCUCCGGACCCGCGAGCACUUCCAUCCAUAUGAUACCCGCGCCAUGGCAGCUAUCAUUCGAGCCCGUCGCCACUACGAGUCCACUUCCCACUUCGUCACUUGCCUGGAAGAAGUGGCCGACAAACUGGUAUUCUUGACCUUGCCGCAGACCGCGAUUGUCGGUGUUCUGCAGGGACUGGAUCUCGGAGCGGACGCUGAAAAUGAUGAGACAUACAGGUCCACCAUCAUGGGUCUGAGUACUAUCCAACAAUCGCUAUCGCGUCCCGGUAUCGAGAUCGACGAUGAGCUUCUGGCUCGCAUCGGUGCUGUCGUGAUGCAGCAGCUCGGACACCCACGCCCAGGUGUCAGGAAGAAUGCUACUGAGCUUUGCACAUUCCUGAAUAUCACCUUCGGAUCCGAGAGAGUGCAAAAAGUGACACAGCCUCCUCGUGAAGGAUCCCUCAACCUUCUUACCUACUUCAUGGCCCGACGGACUCAGUAA